AUCUCGCGUAUCUCUUCAGCUUGUUGUUUGGAAAACACAAGAAUGGGAAAGUGGAAGCGAACGCUUUCUUGCCUGGACCUGUGCGCAACUUUCCAAAGAUAGCCAUUUGGCACGGGACGCGGUCCAAACGUCUCUUAAAGUCACGUUUGAUUGACUCGAGUGAAGUUAUGGCGCUUUUCUAGGGAUUAACCCACUGCUUUUCUCUCUUUGGUUUAUCGACCCUCGCUUUGGAUGUUUUUCUCCCAGUGUCGAGGAAGUGUCUUCGCCCGUUGUCCUCCCAGGCGUGUUUUUAAUCAAGAAGCAUGGACAUGUACGGAUUAAACGGCAUUUUCAUCGCAGAGAGACUGCUGAGAAGAAAGAUGUUCGUGGUGACAAACAUGAGCGACCUCACGAAAGCUUCGACGCGAGGCUGUGAUAACGGGUCUUUAACGGAUGGCUUCGGGGUGCUGAUUCAAGGGCUUCUCGCCGUGGUAGCCUUCAGCACUUUAAUGUUAAAGAGGUUCCGGGAACCUAUAGGAGUCCGAAGACCAUGGAAGAUCUGGUUCUUCGACACCUCCAAGCAGGCCAUCGGUGCCCUCUUCAUCCACUUUGCCAACAUCUUCCUCUCCACUCUCACCAAAUUGGAUGCCUGCUCAUUGUACCUGAUGAACUUCCUGCUGGAUGCUACUCUGGGCAUGCUGGUCAUCUGGAUGGGCGUGAAGCUGGUGUCUCGCAUCGUGGAGCACAAGCAGAUCACACUCCUGAGAUUCGGAGAGUAUGGUGAUCCUCCUAGGGCGAGUGCAUGGUGGGGUCAGUGUGCGAUCUACCUGCUCAUCAUGAUCGUGGAGAAGGGGGUGGUCACCCUCGUCCUCCUCAUCCCCGGUUGGACCUACUUACAGGAGGUGCUGUUGAAAUACAUCCCGAACCCUCAGGUGGAGCUGGUGCUGGUCAUGCUCAUUGUUCCCUUCGUGGUCAACUCGUUGAUGUUCUGGGUGGUGGACAGCUUGAUGAUGAGGAAGUACAAGACCAUGAGCGCCAUCGAGGGGUCGUCAAACACCAUCAAGAAGGAGAAGGAGUUGCCAUCGGUAACCAGCGAUGAGACCCAGGUGUUGUUGGCGGAGGAGGCGGACUCUGAUGAUGAGAGCGAUGACGGCUGCUACACCCCUACCGAUCGCAGACUCAUGCCCAGCUGGGUGGAGGUCUAGGACUGACGAUCUCUCUCUCACACACACACGCACACGCACACACACUAUCGCGCCAUUGCUUCUACAGUGCCCAUCUUCUUAACUGUGCAAAUCAUAUGACAUCAUGUAAACACACACACACACAAGCAGACACACACUCACACACACACACACACACACGCACAAGCAGACACACUAACUAACACUCUGGUGCUACAAAGUUCAGUAAGUUGACAUGCUGUCUUAACAUGUGUGAAGAAGGUGUGCGCUUGUGAGUAUAUGCGCUUGUGCAUAUAUGUGUGCCUGUAUGCGUGGCUCUGAAGUCAACGAUUUUAGUCAUUGGAGUAAGUGAUUUUAGAACACUGAUGGUUAUUUAGUGGAUUUAUGGAAAAAACCUGAUGUGACACUGUGUGAUGUGUUAAGUGCACUGACAUGCACAAAGCCUGUUUUGUGAGCUUACACUCGCACACACGUAUAUGCU